AUGGUAAAUGAAGGCAUAGUACUUGGGCACAAGGUGUCUAAGAAUGGUAUUGAGGUUGACAAGGCUAGAAUUGCUACUAUUGAGAACUUACCGCCUCCAGUUUCAGUGAAAGGGGUGAGAAGUUUCCUUAGUCAUGCGGGGUUCUACAGAAGAUUUAUAAAGGACUUCUCCAAGAUUUCUAAGUCACUCUUGGAAUUGUAUGGGGUGCCAUUUGAGUUCAAUGAGAAGUGUCUUGAAGCUUUCAGGAUACUAAAGCAAAAAUUGGUGUCAGCACCUAUAGUAAUUUCACCAGAUUGGGAGCUGCCAUUUGAGUUAAUGUGUGAUGCAAGUGAUUUUGCAGUGGGUGCAAUUUUGGGGCAGCGUGUUAACAAAGUAUUUCAGACUAUUUAUUACGCCAACAGAACACUCAAUGGUGCUCAGUUGAAUUAUGCCACCACUGAGAAAGAACUUCUUGCCAUUGUAUAUGCAUUCGAUAAAUUCAGGCCUUAUCUGAUGGGAAACAAGGUUAUUAUGUAUACGGACCAUUCAGCAAUCAGGCAUCUUAUUGCUAAGAAAGAUUCUAAACCCAGACUUAUUCGUUGGGUACUUCUUUUACAAGAGUUUGAUAUGGAGGUUCGGGACAAGAAGGGUACAGAGAAUUUGGUAGCGGAUCACUUAUCAAGACUUGAGUUGGGGGAUGAGUCAGAACUUGUUGCAGGGGAGAUUAAUGAGAGUUUCCCAGAUGAACAAUUAUUUGUUGUGGAAGAUGAUUUGGUGCCAUGGUUUGCUGAUUAUGUGAAUUAUUUGGCAGCCAAUGUAGUGCCACCAGAAUUUGUAGGGCAGAGAUUGAAAAAGUUUUAUCAUGAUGUGAAGCAUUACUACUGGGAUGAUCCUUUCUUAUUCAAACAAUGUCCAGAUUUGAUUGUCAGAAGAUGUGUCCCAGAAAGAGAAAUGAAGGACAUCUUGUUUCAUUGCCAUGCAUCACCUACUGGUGGACAUUUUGGGGGAGCAAGGACUGCUGCAAAGGUCCUUGAAUGUGGAUUUUAUUGGCCUACUUUGUAUAAAGACAGUAAGUGGGUUGAAGCAUUAGCUACUUCAACAAAUGAUGCUAAGGUGGUAGUCAAGUUUCUGAAAAAGAACAUUUUCUCUCGUUUUGGCACACCUCGAGCGAUUAUAAGUGAUGAAGGGACUCGUUUUUUCAAUAAGAUUUUUGAUUCCUUAAUGGAGAAGUAUGGAAUUAAACACAAGAUGGCAUUGAGAUAUCAUCCACAAUCAAAUGGGCAAGCGGAAGUGUCAAAUCGUGAGAUUAAGCUAAUUUUAGAAAAGACGGUGCAAGUUAAUAGAAAGGAUUGGUCUAAUAAGCUUGAUGAUGCAUUAUGGGCUUAUCGGACAGCUUUUAAAACGCCAAUUGGUACGUCUCCUUACCAUCUUGGCGAGUGGGCAUUAAAAAAGUUGAAUUUCGAUCUAGUAGCUUCGAAAGCAUUAAGGCUAGCUCAACUGAAUGAGCUAGAUGAAUUGCGUCAUGAUUCCUACGAGAAUGCAAGAAUCUACAAAGAGAAGACAAAGAAAUGGCAUGAAAACAAUAUUGUCAAUCAGAAUUUUCAAGUGGGCGAUAAGGUGCUGUUAUUUAAUUCUCGUCUCAAGUUAUUUCCGGGAAAAUUAAAGUCUCAAUGGUCGGGGCCAUUCAUUGUUACAAAGGUCUUUCCAUACGGGGCUUUGGAGAUUCAACAAGGUGAUUCUUCGCUGUUUAAAGUUAAUGGACAGUGGAUGAAGCAUUACUAUGGAGGUGAAAUUGAGAAGAAGGUCAAUAUUACACUGGUGGAUUCUUAA